AAAACGGAAGUAAGUUCUGCAUGACAAAGCUUACUUCGAGACGAAGAAACGUGAAUAAGAGAGUUUAGACGAAGAAGAAGAAAAAAGAACUCAUAAAAAUCUACAAAUGAGUUCCAUUGGCACUGGGUAUGACCUGUCAGCAUCACACUUUUCCCCUGAUGGCAGAGUAUUUCAGGUAGAAUAUGCGCAGAAGGCAGUCGAAAACAGUGGCACUGCCAUAGGGAUCAGAGGCAAGGAUGGUGUGGUGUUUGGAGUUGAAAAGCUAGUCACAUCAAAGCUGUAUGAACAGGGUGCCAACAAACGAAUCUUUAACAUUGAUAGACACAUUGGAGUGACUGUUGCAGGCCUAUUAGCAGAUGCACGUCAGCUUGUGGAGAGAGCCAAAGAGGAAUCUUCAAACUAUCGCUUUAACUAUGGCAGUCCUAUUCCUUUACAACAUAUGACAAAUCGGUUGUCCAUGUAUGUGCAUGCUUACACUUUGCACAGUGCUGUGAGACCAUUUGGUGUGAGCAUGAUUGUUGCCUCAUAUGAUGAUAAAGGGCCAGAAAUGUACCUUAUUGAACCAUCAGGGGUGUCUUGGGGAUACUAUGGAUGUGCUAUUGGCAAAGCAAAACAGACAGCUAAAACUGAAAUUGAAAAGCUCAAGAUGAAGGAUAUGACAAUGGAAGAAAUUGUAAAGGAAGUUGCAAAAAUAAUUUAUGUUGUUCAUGAUGAGGUUAAAGACAAAUCAUUUGAGCUCGAACUGAGCUGGGUUGGGAAAGUAACAGGAGGUAAGCAUCAGAUGGUCCCUAAGGAGAUUCAUGUUGCUGCUGAAAAGUAUGCAAAAGAAGCUUUGGAAGAAUCUGAUGAUUCAGAUGAAGAAGAUCUAUAGUAGUUAUCAGACUUAAAAGUUGACUCGAAAACAAUGAUCAUGUGGUGUGAGCUACGUUGUUUCUGGAACAAAUUACUGCAAACACCAGCUUAGCAAAUCAGCCUGUCCUUGGUAUUUCUUGGGCCUUGGCUUUGAAGUUUACACCCUUGUCUUAUCAUUUGUUUCAUAGGGUGUCAUUUUCAAGGAAUCAUUUUGCCUUGAAAGGUGUUAAGCAGCAUAUAUCUUACCAUACAUGAAGAGCUGGAUAGAUUAUUGUUUCCUUCAUUGCUACUACAGGGAUCUUACUAUGAUUACAGUUUUAUCUCUGCUAUUUUGUUUUAUUUUAGGAGAGAGGGUACGUUACAUUACUGUAGCUUAUGCCCACUUUUUUUAAGGAUAGUACUAGCAAAGUGCAGGGUGAAUUUCAAAAUUGUUUGCUUGCUAAUUGGUAAUAAAAGCAUUAACUGUUUAAAGCUCUUAGUUCACUUUUCAUUGAUUGGCUACUUGUUUGGUUGUAUCAAAAACAUUGGGACAUGAAACUUCAUGUUAACAAUGAAUAAAACACUGUGAGAAAAGAGCAUUAACACACAAAAAUAAAUAAAUUCAUAUUCAAAACAGCA